GCCUUAACAAAAAAAAAAAACACAAAAGCCGCACGGCCCCGGGUGCCCGCAGACCGCGGAGCUGAGGGUCGCUCGGGCUGGUCGCCUUUCUUACGGUUGCGGGAGCGGUCGGUCCUCCCGGUCGUCCCCCUCUGCUGCGCGGGGUCAGCCGAGCAAACCUGCGCCAUGACCCGGCCGCUCGGUGUGGGCGUGCCAUCACCGGGCCCGCCUGUCACCAGAUCCCGACGCCAUUUUACGCCGGCGGCCAGAGAGAUGGCCCAAGACUUCAGAAACCAGACCAUUACGGAGUUUUUCAAGCCAGUUUUAAACCAAGACAGAACUGUGUUGUGCUCAGCAGACAGAGGAAACAUAAAAGAUGCAGGAAUUGGACUGUCAGUUUUACGUGCUGAACGUUUUGAAAAGAAAGUAUCUUCUCCGAAGAAGGUCAGAAGAAAAAAGAUGCCAGACCAAACACCAAGCACAAGUCCUGUGUUAGAUGCUUUUCGGAGGGGAAUUAAGGAGAAAAAGGACAGUGUAAACAUUUUGGAGAAUGGCAAAGUGUGCAAGGCACUGGAUUCAUUGUACCCAAAAGUUGUGAUGCAAAAACUCCUUAUUACUGCAGGGUCUCACAGCUGUUUCUUGGCCAGAAAGGAUAAAACUGUCAAGUCAGAACAGGGAAGAAAUGAGAAGUGUCUGGGUGUAACAAGAGCACCGUUGUCUUGUGGAAACAGUUGGGAACAGAAAACUGACUGUAUGGAUCUAGAAGGCACUAGUUCAGACUCUGACAAAUGGGUUUCAUCAUCAGAAGCUGAUACUCGAAAAGCCUGUGCUAGAAAUAAUGGCACUGUGAACACCACACCUCUGUGCCAAAACCCAGGGCUUCCCAUGAAACUGUCCUGCGCUCCAACCGGCUCUGAACUGAGGUUGUCACUGGAAGCUCUCCGCAGAGAAAGGAAGCGGAAGAAGCAUAGAACAAAACCAUCUAAGGCACAUCCUGGAAAGCCAUUCUCAGGAACAAGUCUGUCAUGUCAGGGAAAUGAAUCUCCUUUAAGAAAAAUACAUUCUUGUUCAAGGGAGACUGCCUCAGAUGACCCAUCUCAACCACAGCCAAAGCAGGUGUCAAAAGAAGAGGCAUCUUCUCCAAAUGCACUGCGAACAUCAUCUGAGAUGGCCGCUGGUAUGCGGGGGAGCCAGUGUGAACCUUCGCACUGCCUUAGAUUGGAGAUGUCUUCUGGGCAGUCCAAACAAAUAGAUUUGCCUGGGAAAAGAAAACGCGCUGCCAUGAGUGUGGAUGCAGACAGUUCAAAUCAAUCUGAAUUACCACGUUUGAAUGACGCUGCUUUUAGUAGGCAAUCUGCACCAUGCAAAGAUACAAACUCUGACUUUGUAGAAAAUAUCCUUUUAAAGCCUACUCGUGGUGAUGUUCUGCAACUAACGGAGGCUGCUGCUCUGCCUAGACACGAUUCUGCUCUUCCAGAGGAACACCUCAACUCAAGCAAUGAAAAUGAGAAAAAUAAUUGCUCCUCUGUAGGUUUGUCAUCUUCAUAUUCUGCACACAGUCCUGGUAAAAAUAACCACAUUUCUGUUGUGGAUACCAAAGAGAAUCAACUGCAGGUGGUUAACUCAUGCUUUUUCUUGGGAAAGUCCUUUACUUUUUCUCAGGAAAAAAGUACUGUGUUGCUUUCUCUCUGUCACUUAACUAAAACUAAAGGUGUGGAAUCUCAUCUCCAGAAUACUGGCUUAUCUCAGGUAUUGGAUGCUAAGAAGCAGCAAGAUGGGAAGAGACCAGAAAGACCUGCACACAAUAAAUCUUACAGUAUUCAAUUCAGCAACAGUUUUUCAAAAACAAAAGACAAGACUUCAGAAAGUCCUUCUGAUUCUUGUUCAGUGGAAGGUUCUGGGAAACCUGCAUUCUCAGAAAAGACUGGUGAAAGUGUUCCCUGUUCAUUGCCUUUUAAAGAAGGGUGCGUGGACAGCUGCCAUAUGUCUUCACAACUCUCAGACAAGUUAAAAGUUGAAAGCACCUGUAUAGACCAGUCCAAGUUGAACAGAAAAGCAAAAAGCAGCUUUGAUAGUGAAGAUGAUGGUUUGGAAUGCAGUCUAAAUACUGCUGCUGAUGACGAUGAAGAAGUAUUCUUGCCACUGCAAGAAAUUCUGUCUUCAAGUCCCAAGCCACAGGCAGGAGCCCUGGAGGAACCUUGCCUUGACAGUUUUUCUCAGGACACCAUGACUCCAUUACUGAAGCUUCAUCUUUCUAAGCCUCCUGUUGUUAGCCAGGUGUCAUAUGUGAACAGCUUAGAACACCUCUUGAAGGAGAAAGAAGAAUCUAAAAGGGUAGAUGAACUAGAAAAGCUGUUACAGGAAGACAUACAAGGAAGGGAAAUGGAUUCUUCAGAUGGAGAUGAUGAGGAGAAUGCUGGGGGAGAUGAAGAUCUCUCAGAAGAGCACAGGGCAUUUAUAAAGAGAUUUUCAGUAAUAGCUCAUGCCAUACCUGACUACCACCCUGGAGAAGAUAUAUUUGAUUUAUCAACCUCUGGGAUGAUCUUCAAUAUACAUAACCUUGACUUGAGGAAUUUUCAUUUCACCCCUCAAAAUCCUAUAGAAAAGCUCCUUCUUAGUUCUGGUGUAACACAGCAGCUUUCUUUAACUAUUAACGGUUUUCUGAGUUCUGCUUAUAGUUGUAUCUUGUGUCCCAUACCAAUUCUAAAGUGGCUUUUCCAGAUGAUGUCUGUUCAUCCUGACUAUUGUGUUUCCACACAGAUUUUGGACAGAUUGAUGGAGAUAACACUAAAAAAUGCUUCCAUCAGUGAUGAACAGUCUAAACCAUGGAUUCCUUCACUAGCUGAUGUGUCAGCUGUUUUUGUCAAUAUGGGUGUUGCGUUUAGAUCUCUCUUUCCAUUGCAGCAUCUUCAGCCCAACUUUAACGAGUGUGACAUUUUAAGUCAGCGACAAGAAACAGUGAGUAAACAACAGCCAAGAGGAGACAGCACCUCUACCAGUCCAGCCUUCUCCAGUCUACCAGAAAACAAUUUAAUUAACGUGAUUAAGUUUCUAGGUUUCUGUACAACAGUAAUUCAAGGUGGAUAUACUGAUCAAGAAAUAUUGCUGCUGCUUCUAUUGCUAUUUAAAAUAAGCUUGGAGAAACUGUUAAAGCAAAUACCUCUGGUAGAUUUUCAGUGCCUUUUCGUAAAGCUUCUGAUAAGUAUAGAAGACUGGGAUACAAAGAUGCCUGAGCUCUGCCUGGCAGUGAGCGAACUCUCCAGUCACCACCAUAAUCUCCUGUGGCUAGUUCAGCUGGUGCCUAGCUGGAUAAUACGUGGACGGGAAGUAAGAAGACGUCUUAGCCUAGUGAUAAUUUCAAAACUUCUGAAUAAAAAGCAUAUAGAAAUACCUGAUGAGAGUGACAAGCAGAUGUCUCUUCUGCAUCAGUUUCUGGUGUACAUGAAACCUGCUAAUCUACUGAAGGAGAUGAGAAAAGGACUGGAGCAGCAGAAUGCCGACGGAGACCACAUUCAUACAGAAGUGGAACAGGAGGCAUACUACCUGAUCUACAUCCUCCUUCAUCUAGUCAGUGAAGCAAGUUUCUUUGAUGUUGUAAAUUCUAAUCAAAGGCAACACUUACUGAAGCUUUGUGGUGCCUUAGAUAAGCACAUAAAAUGUGGUAUUCGGGAAGAUGCGAGGCUGUUUUAUCGAACUAAGGUAAAAGACUUAGUUGCUAGGAUAUAUGGCAAAUGGCAGGAUAUGAUACAAACCACUCGGCCUACUCAGGGAAAACUGCAUGACUUCUGGGAGCCAGAUUAAUGAAAUCAUGCCUAGUUCAGGGAAAAUAACAGGAAAAACUCGGAAACCAAGGAAAAUGUAGAAUGAAUGGAGCUUCACCUUGGUUGGAACAGAAGAAAUCAGUCACCUGAGUUAGAACUUGAGCUUGAUUCAGGCAAAUACUAGUAACACAAGGAUCUAAUUUUAUUAACAUUGUUUUUACUACAAAUACACUACUUCUGAAAACCUGAAGUAGGCAAACUGGAAAAACCCAGCUAUUUAGAUAAUCCUCCCUGAAUUGGCUAGAAAUAUUUUAUCAUACUGAAAGCCUAAGGGAGGCUUUCUCAUUUCCAUUGUUAAUCACAAGACACGUGAAAACUGUAUGUAUCAGAUUUUUUUGCCAGCACAUACCUGCAAGCAUUUUUUUUUAGGAUGGCUGGGAAGGAACUGCCCUGUGAUGUGGAACAAGAGUUCAGAAACAGUAUUAGACCCACCCUUGAUGUGGGCAGGUGAGGAAGUGGUUCAGAACCGGGCUGAAUAACAGAAUUGCCUGCACAUGUUAAUCUGCAAAUCAGAACUGGUUUGACCUUCCAAUGUCUCUUAAAAAAUACAAAAUAGAGGAGUUGCAUGUGGACAAGUGACUGCCCUCGUGUUCACCUGAGGGUGGAGACAGAGAUGAAGAGUGGCAGUGGCCAAACAGAUUAAGUGGAUGCUUCUUUGCUCCAUGAUUGUGUUUUUAUCAAACAGCAAAAUAGAAUUUGUUAUUACUGUAAUGCAUUUGUUUUAACUUCCUCAUCUUUAGACAUAAAUUUAUUUAUGCAGUGAAUGUGACUACACAGGAAGUGAUUUUAUAGACCAAGGUAUAAAUGAGAUCUUAUUACACCAGUGGUAUAUCAGCUCAGUGGAGACUUGAAGAGGUGAGCAUUUGGCCACGUGGAUAAAAACUGUGAAAGCCGGAUGAGGUCUGAAUUUCUUCGUGUGAAGCCUUGCCAGAGACACAGUAUGUGUACAAAGCUCCAAGAGCUAUUUGUGAAAUAAUCAAAGGAAGAUGUGAUCUCCUCUUGUGCUUUCUGUACAUAUGCCAUCAUUUAAAUCUUACACUGGGGUUUGUCUGUAGGAUGUGUGUAUAUAUGAAGAGAAAGUUAAGGUAUUGUAUAGAAGCACCAGCUGGGACUCCCUUAACAAGUGGGAUUUUUAAUAAUAUGUGCAUUUUAUAAUACUGUUUCUUUUUAAUUUUUGUAGAUUACCCUAUCUUGUCCUGUAUGAUAAAUUCCCUCCAACUUUCCAACCCCAAACCCUUCAAAUUUAUGUAUAUUAUAUAUAAAGGAAGUGCUGUAGAAUGGACGUGUCUUAUAAGGAAGGUAUUUUAUUUGCAAAUUCCUAUUAAAUGUUUUGUCUGUCAUUUCAAGUGUUAGAGAGUUAGCCUAAGACUGCAACAUCUCUGUGCCCUUCACAGGAUAAUCAGCUUAUCUUUGUUCAAACAAAAGUUAUGCUCGUGGCAUUGGCAAGGGGGGUGGGGGUGGAGAAAAUAUCUUUUUUUUUUUUUUUAAAUCUCAACAUGUUAUUUAAGAGUUGGAAGAAUCUACCUCAAAGGGUGUCUUUGGCAGUAGAAUUGCUUUAGCCUAUAAAAAAGUCCAUGGCAGUGACAUCCUUUGCUCUGUCUGUCUUUGAUAGUGUAUUGACUUUCCCUCUGGCAGCAGUAGCUUACUAUGUUGAAUAUAUUGUAUGUAAUUUUAUUAUCAUUUAUAUUUUUUCUCACUAAUGUCGUAUAAAGUUUUAAAAAUUGCAGAAUAUGUUUACUGUAACUAAUGUGUAUAUAUUUUCUUACUGGGUUGAAUUGAAGUUGCUGCCCUGUAUAUUUUGGAAAAGGAAGGAGGUUUAGAUGAACAGUUUUUGUACUGCAAUUCAAAGCACAUUGAAACUGCUGUCUUUUUUUUUUUCCCCCCAGAUUAAAUAACCACUUUGAUAUUUACUUUCAUUUAAUGUAACAAUGAAAAAAUAAAACCAGACAGGCUUUUCUAAUUAAAUGUCCCUACACAGAAUGGGCAUCCUUCAGCUCUGUUUGAUCAAAAAAUGGCUUAGAGUCCCAUUUUGGUCAUACGGCACACGCUGUAUUUCUUGGGUUCACAGCUGAUUAACUUACUAUAAAUGGAGAAGGUCCUAAAGUAAUUCUUAGCUCAGCCAGUCCUUGUUUUCAUGCUUAAUGCCUGUGUACACAUUCUGGCAUUUUCCCUCUCUCUCCCCCUCCCGCUUUGUCUGGACUUUUCUUCCGUCUGUUUUGAAGCCGAGUAGUAAUUCCCCAGUUGCUUAAGUCUAGACGCGGGUUGAAUUGGAGCUUGUUGGUGUCCUUACAGAGACGAUCCCAAAGCAUUGUUGCAGGGUCUUUACAGGGGGCUGCUGAGCGGAGCACUGCUUCAGGACUCCUGGAAAUGAAAUGGCAAACCUGCUGCUGUUGUGUUUUGCUGACUCAUUUACUGGCCCCCAGCCAGAAGUUACAUAUGCAGGAAAAGGCUGUUUGCACAGUAAAUGUCUUAACUGCUUUGGUUGUCUUCAGAUAAGCAUUUUGCACUGAGAUUUAUCUGUUGAUUUUACGUUGGCUAUAUUAAGAGCCAUGUUAUCUCAUUUCAUGUGAAAUUAGGUGCACUUUAUUGCAGUAAUCCCAGACAAUAAAUUAAAGGCUGACUAUAAAAUAUA